AAGAUGUCGGCGAGAAAGGAAGAGCGCGGCGUGCGGCGGGGGCGGGCCCGGCGCCGGCGCGUCACUGCCGGGGCGGGGCGCGGCCGGGGCGGCGCUGCGGGCGCUGCGCCAUGGCGAUCUUCAGCGUCUACGUGGUCAACAAGGCCGGCGGCCUCAUCUACCAGCUGGACCACUACGCGCCCCGCUCCGACACCGAGAAGACGUUCAGCUUUCCGCUCGACCUCGUCCUGCGCCCGCACGAUGAGCGCGUCGUCGUCGCCUUCGGGCAGCGGGACGGCAUCCGCGUGGGUCACGCCGUGCUCGCCAUCAACGGCGCCGAGGUGAACGGUCGCUUCACGGCGGACGGGAAGGACGUGCUGGAGUUCCUCGGUAACCCCGCCAACUACCCGGUGUCCAUCCGCUUUGGCCGCCACCGGCUCUCCUCCAACGAGAAGCUCAUGCUGGCCUCCAUGUUCCACUCGCUGUUCGCCAUCGGGUCGCAGCUGUCACCUGAAGUUGGGAGCUCCGGGAUCGAGAUGCUGGAGACCGACACCUUCAAGCUGCACUGCUUCCAGACACUGACAGGGAUCAAAUUCAUGGUUCUUGCUGACCCGAGGCAGACGGGGAUAGACGCUCUUCUCCGCAAAAUCUAUGAGAUUUACUCAGACUUCGCUCUGAAGAAUCCUUUCUACUCCCUGGAGAUGCCAAUAAGGUGCGAGUUGUUCGAUCAGAACUUGAAGCUUGCUCUGGAGGUGGCAGAGAAAGCUGGACCCUUUGGACCUGGAUCAUAGAGAAAGCCUUGCCUGUUGAAGAGAUUCAUUUGUCUGAAGAGUGGGGCCUCUCCCUUCCCUGGCUGGCCUCUCACAAAGCUCCCCUCUCCACAGCAGAGACUGCACAUCCCCAGAACAUGCUUCAGUAUCUCCCAGAAUACCAGUUUAUCCCCUUUGUUGUAAAACUUACCUUAAAGAGAUUCCUUGGCACCGUUUACAUUGGGCCACAGGGCCUUAUUUUGCUGUUGCAGCUCUGCUGCAUUUGGGUGAAGGAGAAGGUGCAGGACUGUGGCUUUACCACAGUCAGUGCUUUUCUUUCCUGUCAUAAAUGUACAUAUGUAUUUUUCCUGUAUAGCUCGAACUUACAGUCUUGCAGAGGGUUUCUGUGUAGAAGUAAUAAGUGUUUACUGAUGAGA